CGUUUCUCGUUUUUUCUUCUUUAUAUGCUUGAAAGCUUUGGCUAAGAGAUGUUUAAUUUACAAUGAAACAUAGCAUAUUCAUUGAUACUCAUCCUCUAUUUGAGGUCAUGGAUAAUACAUGUAUCUCAUGUAUGUACAAAAGUCUAUAAUGAAUCUCUAUAGCACUGAAUGAAUCUCUAUAGCAAUGGGAAGUUAGCCUCAAAUCAUACCACGCGCUUUGUACAAAUACACACUCUAUUUUAUCUCAUUCCCAACUAUACGGCGAUGUUUAACUCUUUACCUGAAAUCUCUCUCUCUCUCUCUCUUUCUGUGUGUGUGUGUGUGUUGCGUGCAGUUGCUGUAUCCUAUGAACCUUAAGGAUACAACUCAAAUAGUGUAUUCAAGAAGUCCCCUUUUGGAGUAGUUUAUAUCUUCCAGUGUUGUAUGACUUACUUCUAAAGGCUAUGUCGUGAUUAAAGCUGAUUCGACAGUAUGUAUGGACUCAGAUCAUGGCAGAACAGAAGACCGAUCGUAUACGUGAUAUAUGUGCUUCCUUCCUUAACGCUUCUCGCUUCCCUCGAAUCGCUUAUCGUAAUUUAGUUCCACACAAACAUCAUGAUGGAAUAGGAGUUCUGGAUCCAAUGGUCCAACAAAUAAAACUGCGGUGGCGUUGGUUGGCAGUUCUCAUUGUUUCACCAACCAUCCUACAACAACCACAAUAUAUAAACUCAUCGCCACCAAGUAAUAUCGAUCAGACCAAUCUGUCAUUAGAUACUAUGUUAGAUCUGGAUUUAGCUUCCAUUAUUACUUCAACUUCCCAGACUCCAUUCAUUUUACAAAAUGAGUUGCUGAUGUCUACGAUAUUCGCUAGAAAUAUCACGGGUAUGUCCAAAGUAAUAGCUAAGGAUUUCUUUAUUAUUGACUUGGGAACUGGUUUGCUUCGACAACAUACUGAUUGUGAAACAAGGUAUCCCAGAUUACUCCACGCUGACUUAUUCCCUAUUGUUGAAACUCAAAUGCCCUUUUUUAUUCAUUUAUUCGAAUCUCCUAAACAUCUUGGUUUUUUAAUACAUGACACUCUGUUUCCUCCUCAAGCAACUACGAAACUUAAUCCUUCUCAUUGGAAUAAACUUUGGCGUACAUCUCUUCCUCCAGCAGCCCAUACAGUGUAG